AUGCUGUUGAACUGCAGUGAUACUGCAUGGUGUGUUGUCCUUCCCCAGGCGUGUCAGCUGCCCCUCUUCUCCUACAUUGUGGAGCGCUUGUGUGCGUGCUGCUACGAGCAGGCCUGGUAUGCCAAGCUGGGGGGCGUGGUGUCCAUCAAGUUUCUUAUGGAGCGGCUGCCUCUCACGUGGGUGCUGCAGAACCAGCAGACGUUCCUGAAAGCGCUGCUCUUUGUCAUGAUGGACCUGACUGGGGAGGUCUCCAAUGGGGCAGUUGCCAUGGCAAAGACCACCCUGGAGCAGCUCCUGAUGAGAUGUGCGGCUCCUUUGAAGGAUGAGGAGAGGGCCGAAGACAUUGUAGCGGCACAGGAGAAGUCCUUUCACCAUGUGACCCAUGACCUGGUUCGAGAAGUCACCUCUCCAAACUCCACCGUGAGGAAGCAGGCUAUGCAUUCACUGCAAGUGUUGGCCCAGGUCACUGGGAAAAUUGCUGAAUUUGUGGAAGCUGAGGAUUCAGCUUUGACCAAGCUUCCCUGUUACAAAAGCCUUCCGUCCCUGGUCCCUUUGCGGAUUGCAGCUUUAAAUGCGCUCGCAGCCUGCAAUUACCUCCCUCAGUCCAGGGAGAAAAUCAUCGCCGCUCUCUUCAAAGCCCUCAACUCUACUAACAGCGAGCUCCAGGAGGCCGGAGAAGCCUGUAUGAGGAAGUUUUUAGAAGGUGCCACCAUAGAAGUAGAUCAAAUUCAUACGCAUAUGCGACCUUUGCUGAUGAUGCUGGGAGAUUAUCGGAGCUUGACCUUGAAUGUUGUGAACCGGCUGACUUCUGUUACCAGGCUCUUCCCAAAUUCCUUCAAUGAUAAGUUUUGUGAUCAGAUGAUGCAACAUCUGCGCAAGUGGAUGGAGGUGGUGGUGAUCACCCACAAAGGGGGCCAGAGGAGCGACGGAAACGAGAGCAUUUCAGAGUGCGGGAGAUGCUCCUUGUCUCCAUUCUGUCAGUUUGAGCCUGCCGUGGAAGGGGUAGAGGAGAUGAAGAUUUGCUCAGCAAUCAUAAACCUCUUCCAUCUGAUCCCAGCUGCCCCUCAGACGCUGGUGAAGCCCUUGCUAGAGGUUGUGAUGAAAACAGAGCGGGCCAUGUUGAUUGAGGCUGGAAGUCCAUUCCGAGAGCCCCUGAUCAAGUUCCUGACCCGUCACCCCUCGCAGACAGUGGAGCUGUUCAUGAUGGAGGCGACACUCAACGACCCCCAGUGGAGCCGGAUGUUCAUGAGCUUUUUAAAACACAAAGAUGCUAGGCCUCUGCGAGACGUGCUGGCUGCCAAUCCCAACAGGUUCGUCACCCUGCUGCUGCCUGGCGGUGCGCAGGCUGCUGUGCGUCCUGGUUCACCCAGCACCAGCACCCUGCGCCUGGACCUCCAGUUUCAGGCCAUCAAGAUCAUCAGCAUCAUAGUGAAAAACGAUGACUCCUGGCUGGCCAAUCAGCAUUCUCUGGUGAGCCAGCUGAGGCGUGUGUGGGUCAGUGACACCUUUCAAGAAAGACACCGCAAAGAGAACAUGGCUGCCACCAACUGGAAGGAGCCUAAGCUGCUGGCCUUCUGUCUGCUCAACUACUGCAAAAGGAAUUAUGGAGAUAUAGAAUUGCUGUUCCAGCUUCUCCGAGCAUUCACUGGUCGCUUCCUCUGCAACAUGACGUUCUUAAAAGAGUACAUGGAGGAGGAGGUCCCAAAGAGCUACAGCGUCGCCCAAAAACGUGCCCUGUUUUUUCGCUUUGUGGACUUCAAUGACCCCAACUUUGGAGAUGAACUGAAAGCAAAGGUUCUGCAGCAUAUCUUGAAUCCGGCUUUCCUGUACAGCUUUGAGAAGGGGGAAGGAGAGCAGCUCUUAGGACCUCCCAAUCCAGAAGGGGACAACCCCGAGAGCAUCACCAGUGUGUUUAUAACCAAGGUCCUGGACCCUGAGAAGCAGGCAGACAUGCUGGACUCCCUGCGGAUCUACCUGCUGCAAUACGCCACGCUGCUGGUGGAACACGCCCCGCACCACAUCCACGACAAUAACAAGAACCGAAACAGCAAGCUGCGCCGCCUCAUGACCUUCGCGUGGCCCUGCCUGCUCUCCAAGGCUUGCGUGGACCCUGCCUGCAAGUACAGUGGGCACCUGCUGCUCGCGCACAUUAUUGCCAAGUUUGCAAUACACAAGAAGAUUGUCCUCCAGGUGUUCCACAGUCUUCUCAAGGCUCAUGCGAUGGAAGCCCGAGCGAUCGUCAGACAAGCCAUGGCCAUCCUGACUCCAGCUGUGCCUGCCCGCAUGGAGGACGGCCACCAGAUGCUGACGCACUGGACCAGGAAGAUCAUUGUGGAGGAGGGGCACACGGUCCCGCAGCUGGUGCACAUCUUGCAUCUGAUAGUGCAGCAUUUCAAGGUGUACUACCCAGUACGGCACCACCUGGUGCAACACAUGGUCAGCGCCAUGCAGAGGCUGGGAUUCACGCCCAGCGUCACCAUCGAGCAGCGGAGGCUGGCCGUGGACCUGUCUGAGGUUGUUAUCAAGUGGGAACUGCAGAGGAUCAAGGACCAGCAGCCGGAUUCAGAAAUGGACCCAAAUUCCACUGGAGAAGGCAUCAAUUCUGUGUCGACCUCCAUCAAGAGAGGCUUGUCGGUGGACUCUGCCCAGGAAGUGAAACGCUUCAGAACGGCCACUGGAGCCAUCAGUGCAGUGUUUGGGAGGAGCCAGUCACUGCCUGGCGCUGACUCUCUACUUGCUAAGCCCAUUGACAAGCAGCACACGGACACUGUGGUGAACUUCCUCAUCCGAGUGGCUUGUCAGGUCAAUGACAACACCAGCACCGCGGGCUCUCCUGGGGAGGUGCUGUCUCGCCGCUGCGUGAAUCUCCUGAAGACUGCCUUACGGCCCGACAUGUGGUCCAAGUCCGAGCUCAAGCUGCAGUGGUUUGACAAGCUGCUGAUGACCGUGGAGCAGCCGAAUCAGGUGAACUAUGGAAAUAUUUGCACAGGACUGGAAGUGCUGAGUUUCUUGCUGACUGUCCUCCAGUCCCCGGCCAUCCUCAGUAGCUUCAAGCCCCUGCAGCGGGGCAUCGCCGCCUGCAUGACGUGUGCAAACACCAAGGUCCUGCGGGCCGUCCACAGCCUCCUCUCACGCCUCAUGAGCAUCUUCCCAACGGAGCCAAGUACUUCCAGUGUGGCCUCCAAGUACGAAGAGCUGGAGUGUCUCUAUGCAGCUGUUGGGAAGGUCAUCUACGAAGGACUCACCAACUACGAGAAGGCUGCCAAUGCGAAUCCCUCCCAGCUCUUUGGGACCCUAAUGAUCCUGAAGUCGGCGUGCAGCAACAAUCCAAGCUACAUUGACAGGCUCAUCUCCGUGUUCAUGCGCUCCCUGCAGAAGAUGGUGCGCGAGCAUUUGAACCCUCAGGCGGCGGCGGGAAGCACCGAGGCAACUGCAGGAACCAGCGAGCUGGUAAUGCUGAGCCUGGAGCUGGUGAAGACACGACUGGCGGUGAUGAACAUGGAAAUGCGUAAGAGCUUCAUCCAGGCCGUACUGACGUCACUCAUCGAAAAGUCCCCGGAUGCCAAGGUCCUGCGGGCCGUGGUGAAGAUCGUGGAAGAGUGGGUGAAGAACAGUUCCCCGAUGGCAGCCAACCAGACACCGACACUGCGAGAGAAGUCCAUUUUGCUUGUGAAAAUGAUGACCUACAUAGAAAAACGCUUCCCAGAGGACCUUGAACUAAAUGCCCAGUUUUUAGACCUUGUCAACUAUGUCUACAGGGAUGAGGCCCUGUCUGGCAGUGAGCUGACCGCGAAGCUCGAGCCCGCCUUCCUCUCCGGGCUGCGCUGUGCCCAGCCACUCAUCAGAGCUAAGUUUUUCGAGGUUUUUGACAACUCCAUGAAACGCCGGGUCUACGAGCGCCUUCUGUAUGUGACAUGCUCCCAAAAUUGGGAGGCCAUGGGGAACCAUUUUUGGAUCAAGCAGUGCAUCGAGCUCCUGCUGGCCGUGUGUGAGAAGGGCACGCCCAUUGGCACCAGCUGCCAGGGGGCCACUCUCCCGUCCAUCACCAACGUCAUCAACCUGGCCGACAGCCACGACCGCGCCGCCUUCGCCAUGGUCACGCACGUCAAGCAGGAGCCUCGAGAGCGAGAGAACAGCGAGUCCAAAGAGGAGGAUGUAGAGAUAGAUAUUGAACUAGCUCCCGGAGAUCAAACCAGCACACCCAAAACCAAAGAGCUUUCUGAAAAGGACAUUGGGAACCAGCUGCACAUGCUCACCAACAGACAUGACAAAUUCUUGGACACACUCCGUGAAGUCAAGACUGGAGCACUGCUCAGCGCUUUCGUCCAACUGUGCCACAUCUCCACCACCCUAGCAGAGAAGACCUGGGUCCAGCUCUUCCCCAGACUAUGGAAGAUCCUGUCUGACAGACAGCAGCACGCCCUCGCAGGGGAGAUCAGCCCAUUCCUGUGCAGUGGCAGUCACCAGGUGCAGCGGGACUGUCAGCCCAGUGCGCUGAACUGCUUCGUGGAAGCCAUGUCCCAGUGUGUUCCCCCGAUCCCCAUCAGACCCUGUGUACUGAAGUACCUGGGAAAGACACACAAUCUCUGGUUCCGCUCCACGUUGAUGCUGGAGCAUCAGGCCUUCGAGAAAGGUCUGAGCCUGCAGAUAAAGCCAAAGCAGACCGCAGAGUUCUAUGAGCAGGAGAGCAUAACACCGCCACAGCAGGAGAUCCUGGACUCCCUUGCUGAGCUGUACUCCCUGUUGCAAGAAGAGGACAUGUGGGCGGGCCUGUGGCAGAAGCGGUGCAGAUACGCAGAGACGGCGACAGCCACUGCCUAUGAGCAGCAUGGAUUCUUUGAGCAGGCCCAAGAAUCCUAUGAGAAGGCCAUGGAUAAAGCCAAAAAAGAACAUGAGCGGAGUAAUGCAUCCCCCGCCAUAUUCCCUGAGUACCAGCUCUGGGAGGACCACUGGAUUCGGUGCUCCAAGGAGCUGAACCAGUGGGAAGCCUUGACUGAAUACGGCCAGUCCAAAGGCCACAUAAACCCCUACCUUGUCCUGGAGUGUGCGUGGCGGGUGUCCAACUGGACCGCCAUGAAGGAGGCGCUGGUGCAGGUGGAAGUGAGUUGUCCGAAGGAGAUGGCUUGGAAGGUCAACAUGUACCGAGGAUACCUGGCCAUCUGCCACCCCGAGGAGCAGCAGCUCAGCUUCAUCGAGCGCCUGGUGGAGAUGGCCAGCAGUCUGGCCAUCCGUGAGUGGCGGCGGCUGCCCCAUGUAGUGUCCCAUGUGCACACACCCCUUCUGCAGGCAGCCCAGCAAAUCAUCGAGCUUCAGGAAGCCGCACAGAUAAAUGCAGGUUUGCAGCCAGCCAACCUGGGCAGGAACAACAGUCUCCACGACAUGAAGACGGUGGUGAAGACCUGGAGGAACCGGCUGCCCAUCGUGUCUGACGACUUGUCUCACUGGAGCAGCAUCUUCAUGUGGAGGCAGCACCAUUACCAGGCCAUUGUAACCGCCUACGAAAACAGUUCUCAGCAUGACCCGAGUUCAAAUAACGCCAUGCUUGGGGUUCACGCGUCGGCGUCAGCAAUCAUCCAGUACGGGAAGAUUGCGCGGAAACAAGGCCUGGUCAAUGUCGCUCUGGACAUCCUGAGUCGCAUUCAUACCAUCCCCACCGUGCCUAUUGUGGACUGCUUCCAGAAGAUUCGACAGCAAGUUAAAUGCUACCUCCAGCUGGCAGGGGUGAUGGGCAAAAAUGAGUGCAUGCAGGGCCUGGAAGUUAUUGAGUCUACAAACUUGAAAUACUUUACCAAAGAGAUGACAGCGGAGUUUUAUGCACUGAAGGGAAUGUUUUUGGCUCAGAUCAACAAGUCCGAAGAGGCCAACAAAGCCUUUUCUGCAGCUGUGCAGAUGCACGACGUGCUGGUAAAAGCCUGGGCCAUGUGGGGUGACUACCUGGAGAACAUCUUCGUGAAGGAGCGGCAGCUGCAUCUCGGGGUGUCUGCUAUUACCUGUUACCUGCAUGCGUGUCGGCAUCAGAAUGAGAGCAAAUCAAGGAAAUACUUGGCCAAGGUGCUGUGGCUUUUGAGCUUUGACGAUGACAAGAAUACUUUGGCAGACGCUGUGGACAAGUACUGUAUUGGAGUCCCGCCCAUCCAGUGGCUGGCUUGGAUCCCGCAGCUGCUCACCUGCCUGGUGGGCUCCGAGGGCAAACUGCUACUGAACCUCAUCAGCCAGGUUGGACGAGUGUACCCCCAAGCGGUCUAUUUUCCCAUCCGGACCCUGUACCUGACCCUAAAGAUCGAGCAGCGGGAACGCUACAAGAGCGAUUCUGGACAGCAGCAGCCAAGUUCAGUGGGUAACCAGUCCCAUUCUGCAUCAGAUCCAGGGCCCAUAAGAGCGACGGCGCCCAUGUGGCGCUGCAGCCGAAUCAUGCACAUGCAGCGGGAGCUCCACCCGACCCUCCUGUCUUCCCUGGAAGGCAUCGUUGACCAGAUGGUCUGGUUCAGAGAGAACUGGCAUGAGGAGGUGCUUAGGCAGCUCCAGCAGGGCUUGGCAAAGUGCUACUCUGUUGCCUUUGAGAAGAGUGGAGCGGUGUCUGACGCCAAAAUCACCCCCCACACACUGAACUUCGUCAAGAAGCUGGUGAGCACGUUUGGGGUGGGCCUAGAGAACGUGUCCAAUGUCUCCACCAUGUUCUCCAGCGCGGCCUCAGAGUCUUUGGCUCGUCGGGCACAGGCCACGGCCCAGGACCCUGUCUUCCAGAAGCUGAAGGGCCAGUUCACGACGGAUUUUGACUUCAGCGUUCCAGGCUCCAUGAAGCUUCACAAUCUUAUUUCUAAACUGAAAAAGUGGAUCAAAAUUCUCGAGGCUAAAACCAAGCAGCUCCCAAAAUUCUUCCUCAUAGAAGAAAAAUGCCGGUUUUUGAGCAAUUUUUCAGCACAAACAGCUGAAGUGGAAAUUCCUGGGGAAUUUCUGAUGCCGAAGCCAACACACUACUAUAUCAAGAUCGCUAGGUUUAUGCCCAGGGUGGAGAUCGUGCAGAAGCACAACACAGCGGCGCGCAGGCUGUACAUCCGCGGGCACAAUGGCAAGAUCUACCCGUACCUGGUCAUGAACGACGCCUGUCUCACCGAGUCACGGCGGGAGGAACGUGUGCUGCAGCUGCUUCGCCUGCUCAACCCUUGCUUGGAAAAGAGGAAGGAGACCACCAAGAGGCACUUGUUCUUCACAGUUCCUCGGGUGGUGGCCGUGUCCCCGCAGAUGCGCCUUGUGGAAGACAACCCAUCUUCACUUUCUCUUGUGGAGAUCUACAAGCAGCGCUGUGCCAAGAAGGGCAUCGAGCAUGACAAUCCCAUCUCCCGCUACUAUGACAGGCUGGCCACAGUGCAGGCGCGGGGGACCCAAGCCAGCCACCAGGUCCUGCGGGACGUCCUGAAGGAAGUGCAGGGUAACAUGGUCCCCCGCAGCAUGCUGAAGGAGUGGGCCCUGCACGCCUUCCCCAACGCCACCGACUACUGGACCUUCCGCAAGAUGGUCACCAUCCAGCUGGCACUCAUUGGCUUCGCGGAGUUCGUCCUGCAUCUGAACAGGCUGAACCCCGAGAUGCUGCAGAUCGCUCAGGACACAGGCAAGCUGAACGUUGCCUACUUUCGAUUCGAUAUAAAUGAUGCAACUGGAGACUUAGACGCCAACCGGCCUGUCCCAUUCCGCCUCACACCAAACAUUUCUGAGUUCCUGACCACCAUCGGUGUCUCCGGCCCGUUGACUGCCUCCAUGAUUGCUGUUGCACGGUGCUUCGCUCAGCCCAACUUCAAGGUGGACGGCAUCCUGAAAACCGUGCUGCGGGAUGAGGUCAUUGCUUGGCACAAGAAAACCCAGGAGGACAUGUCGUCUCCUCUCUCGGCCGCCGGGCAGCCCGAGAACAUGGACAGCCAGCAGCUGGUGUCCCUGGUACAGAAAGCUGUCACGGCCAUCAUGACCCGUCUGCACAACUUGGCCCAGUUUGAAGGUGGAGAGAGCAAGGUCAACACCCUGGUGGCUGCUGCAAACAGCCUGGACAACCUGUGCCGCAUGGACCCUGCCUGGCACCCGUGGCUGUGACCAAGCAGCUGCCCGCCACCCAGAACGUGAAGGGCCUCUUGGCUCAGAGCCCAUGGCUUUUAUGACCUCUCUGCCUUGUUCACUUUGUUUACAAAGGUCCUGCCGGUUUGCCGGGUCCCAGUCGCUUUCCCGGUGGAGUGUGUGUUGGAAGAGCGUGGCGUUAGCCUUGGAGGAAGCUGCACACAGUGUCGCCAGGCCAUCAGGACCGGCAGAGCCGGGCUUAGCCUGAGCUUUUAAAAGGCUUUUUUAAGGAACCAGGAUUCUCGGCCUGGAAUUUCUCCUGGGUUCUUUUUUACGGUACUCCUCCCUGCGUCGUGCAGCAGAUGGAGCUGUAGGAAGCAGCUUUGUCGUCCCUUUCACGACUGGGAGCGACACUUCCCAGCAGCUUCGUGUGGUGUGUGGACAGUUGAAGUGCACAGAAAACGCAGUGUGAGACAGGACGUCAGGAGCACAGGGACCGGGUCCUCUGAGCACACCCUCCGCUGUGCGCCGCUGGCUGCGGGCACCUCGCUGGGCGUGUGGCGGGAUGGCAGGCCGCAUCCCCUACGGGGAGGGAAGCCGUCCUCAGCAUGUCGCAGGUGGAUCCAGCUGGGCGACACAGAGCCGUCAGGGUCGGCAGGUGACCUCGCACUUUUUAUUGCUGGCUCCUCGGAUGUCUUCUAGACGUUUGCUAUCAUCGUACCUGAAAAUUUUCCUUCCUAAUUUAAAAAGAAAAGAGCAAUGAAAGUUUGUCCCUUUAGUUUAUGUUACGUUCACGCUUUUAUAAAUCUGAGCAUUGACAAUGUUGUCUAAAUUUGUACAGUGUGAUUUUUUAGAAUAAAUAUUUUAUAAAAGGAAUUGUGUUUUUAAUCGUGUGAAA